UGAUCACUAUCCUAAAGUUACUUUGCAUAAUGAUACAUUUGUAACCUUAGAGCUUUGCCAUAUCAAACGCCAAACAAAUACCGUCUCGCCUCGCCGCACAAAACAUCCAAAAAAAAAAUCCAAAUUAGCCGUACUUACUAACCCAGCGCCAAGCACCAUGUUGCGGUCUAGCAACAAUUGAAGUUAAAUAUUAAAAAAUUGUUUCCACAUAAUUAUUGGUUUUUUUUUUCUUUCAUUUAAACAGUACAGCUCAUUUUGCCACUGAGCUCUCCCUUCCAUACUAACAAAAGAUUUCCCUUAUGUAGUUUACAUUACAAUAAACCCACCAUUUGCUUCAUCCUCAAAAUUCGACCGUUGGAGUUGGACAGUCAAACCACCACAGAGUAGAAAGAAACUUGAGAAGACAACAAAAAGUUUGAGACUUGAGAGAAUGCUUUCUCAAAUGUCUCGUCUAAGCCCUCAAACCCCACUCAAUGUUCCUCCCCGUUCUAACUAUGAACACUCUCAAACCCAGAAAAAUGAUACCAUUUCAGACUACGAGCAGACCAGAGAAGAAAGAAUCAAACAAAACCUUCAGAAGAUGCAAAAGCUUGGCAUAUUUGACCUCUCUCUCAAAGUCAACUCCAACAUUCAUCAAACUCGUGCUCCUAAAAACCAUUCCCGUCUCAAAAGCUCUCCUGCCACUCCCCCUUCGCGACCUUCUGGACCUAGUAGGCGCUCUUCCAGGUUGAAGAGUACUACGCCAGUGAAUUACUCAGAGUUGGAUUUAACCAAGAAGGACAAGGCAUUGGAAGAUGGAUGUAUCUUGACAGAGAAGGGUUUUCGGCCUGAGAUUUAUACUGAAGAGCAUGAAAAGCUUUUGGGUCACACAGAGAAGAGCUGGACACUUUUUGUGGAUGGUUGUGGGAAGGAUGGAAAGAGAAUCUAUGAUCAAUUUAAUGGAAAAACUUGCCAUCAAUGCAGGCAGAAAACUCUUGGUCACCGUACUCAUUGCAGCGAAUGCAACAAGGUACAAGGACAGUUCUGCGGCGAUUGUUUGUACAUGAGAUAUGGGGAGCAUGUACUUGAAGCUAAAGAGAACCCAGAUUGGGUUUGUCCAGUUUGUCGUGGGAUUUGCAACUGCAGUUUGUGCCGGCAGGCAAAGGGGUGGCCUCCAACGGGCACUCUCUACAGGAAGAUAUCACAAUUGGGCUACAAAUCAGUUGCACACUACCUCAUUCAAACCUGUCGUGUAGAGACAAACCUAGGAAACAAUGAAGGUGCUACCACUGAAGUUCCCGCAAAAAGGUCACUACCCUUCUCAGACAUGAAUGAAGUCCCAAAUGAAGUUAACAGUGAUCAACUAGUGUCUUCAAAACAAUUCAAUGAUAAAAGUACUGAUGAGUUUUCUGUGAAACGAUCAUUGCCCUUUUCGAAUUUGGACAUGGCCUCAGACAGUGUGAGUUCUCUGGAGGUCGCGGACCAGAUUGGAUGUUCAAACCAUCAAUAUCCAAUCAAAAGAGAGGUCUGUAGUGACACUGCUUUGAAAAGUAGCUCUAAACUACAGAAGGAGGAGCCUGCCCAGGACUUGGCUGUGGCAGAGGAGAAAGUUAUGACUCUAGAAAAAAUAUCAUUGGAAAAGGAAGUUGAUCAAGAAAAUGAUGUUGAAUUCACUUGUGAUAAACAUGAUGAUCCCGAGAAAACACUGCUGGUGAGGACUCCAUUGGCGAAGGAGAUUUCUCCUUUCACUAGAAUUAACUCGGACAGUAUUGCUGGAAGAUUAAAGCGGAGGCAGGAGAAAAGCUGUGAUUGUGAUGAUGAGAAAAAAGCAAAUGUCAUGCAGACUGUAGAAGGCAUUUCUCUACCAUCUGAUAUCAUCAAACAAGCUGGUGAUAGCAAUGCUCCACUGGAGACAAGUCGAAAACUUAAGGCUAAGCGUGCUGUAGCUGUUGAACCAAGCCCAGACAGUAUAGCUGGAAGGCUGAGGCAGCGACGUCGGAUGGAUAAUGGCAUCUCAUGUUGAUCAUUAUAGAUUGAAGGCUAGGCACAGUUCAAACUGAAUAUAGAUUUCUGGUUAGUGUGAGUGACAUGUUGUCUAAUGUUUGAAAGAAACCCCAUUUUGUAAUUUUGAGAGUGGUUUCUAAAUGCUGAAUUUUGUCUCAUAUGUCCUCUUUAUGGUGAAAGUAAUGGUGAAGUUUAAUGAUAUUGAAACUUUUAUUGA